AUGUCUAAUGGUACAAGUCCAAGUGUGUUGAGUUUUUUACGACAGUACAGGUUCCAGAGGAAACCGAAUGAUCCUGCUGGUUCCAGCAGUCCUGUCACCGUCACUUCAGCUCCGUCGGGUUCUCAAAUUAUAAGAAUGGCAGCGCCAAAUACAGUAUCCCGGAACAGUCCUAUAGUGUAUAAACGGAUAAGAUUACCUGACUCAGAUUCUGAUGAUUCAGCUUCUCCUGCCAAAAAACCUACGGUGACUAUAGAACUUACGACACAGGUUAAAGAACGGAGAUUUAGAAAUAUGCUGCAGAUGUUUCCUGAUAUAUCUCCUAUGUUUGUAAAAAACACAUUAGUUAAACAUGGAUGGAGUGAAGAACGGUCUAGAGAUGAACUUUUAAAGUAUGACCCAGAAACAAAUGACAAAAGUGUAGUUACAAACCCAAAUUCAUCAUCAUUCUUUGUGUCGAAGCCUGGGGUAUCAGGUCAAAAGACCCGCCCGAUUACAAAUAUGGGCAUAGUUAGGGUUACUAGCGGACCAAAAACAACUGUUGUAGUGAGAAAACCUAUAGAAGCUCAAGGGGGGAGAACGAGAAAAGGCAGCAGUGGGAGUGAAGAUGACGACUAUGGUGUACGGAAAGGGAAAGAUGAUCGAGUUUAUGACAGUGAGGAUUCAGACAAUGAGGUUACAGAUGACCUAAUAGGGGACAAGAAAAAAGUAUUUGAAUUCCUAAACACGAGCAACAUGAAUGAGCUCUCGUUACUUAGUGGCUGUUCACAGAAGAAGGCGGAGGCUAUUAUGGCACUCAGGCCAUUCAAAGGAUGGCUUGAUAUGGUAGAAAAGUUCAACAGCAACAAAGGAUUAAGCACAGAACUAUUAAACUCUACACAGGAAUUAUUGACAACUAGGAACAACAUACAGCGCCUCAUGAAGAAGUGUGUUGGACUUGCACAGCAGCUUGAAGCGGCUGUAGCAGCAGGCGCUGGCAGGCUUAAACAGCCGGCUAUAUUACAUGCAAGUCUCAAAUUAGCCCCAUAUCAGCUAGUAGGAUUAAACUGGCUAGCAGUUCUACACAAGCAAGGUGUGUCUGGUAUAUUGGCUGAUGAGAUGGGACUCGGCAAAACUGUACAGGUCAUCGCGUUCCUAGCUCAUCUGAAGGAAACAGGCCAGGCAAGGGGCACACAUCUUAUCGUCGUGCCGGCCUCCACACUUGAUAAUUGGAGCGGUGAGUUAGAACGCUGGUGCCCAGCCCUGCGCGUGAGCAAGUACUACGGUCACCCAGAGGAGCGGCGCCAAUUACGCAUACAGUAUGCAAGGGGAUUGGAUAAUAUCGACGUUGUACUCACCACAUACACAAUGGUGAACAGUUGUCCAGAAGAAAGAAAAAUGUUUAGGAUCACUCCGAUGCAUUAUGUCAUAUACGAUGAAGCGCACAUGCUAAAAAAUAUGUCUACCCAGCGAUACGACAAUCUACUUAAAAUAAAGUCCAAACACCGUCUCCUGUUAACUGGCACUCCACUGCAGAACAACUUGUUGGAGUUGAUGUCUUUGCUGGCCUUCGUGAUGCCUCAUAUGUUCUCUGGCAAGACGGACGACCUUAAAAGUUUAUUCCAAAAAAAUGCAAAGUCAAAAACAACGAAAAAAGCUGAGGGCAAUACGGAGGAUGAUGAGCCAGCGUUCGAACAGAGCCAGAUAACGCAAGCCAAGCGUAUCAUGAAGCCAUUCGUACUGCGGCGCCUGAAGAGAGACGUACUGCAGGACUUGCCUAAGAAGACCAACCACAGAGAGCUGUGCGCCAUGUCUAAUAGACAAAAUAUGCUGUAUAAGAAUCUGAUUGCUGGGUUUGCGGCAAAAGACGGCACGAUCCACGCGACGACAGAGCAGAGCGGUAUGGCGAUGAUGAUGGAUAUGCGCAAACUUGCUAAUCACCCUCUACUACUUCGGUACCACUACCAAGAAGACGAGGUACAAAGGAUGGCUAAGCUACUGGCUCGAGAUCCCACGUACAAGGAGAAGAAAGAACAUUACGUUUUUGAUGAUCUCAUGUGUAUGUCAGACUUCCAAAUACAUCAACUAACACUGACACAUAAUUGUAUUAGCCAAUUUGGCAUUCCAGAGCAUCUGAUCUUAGACUCUGGUAAGUUUGAGAAAUUGGACGAGAUGCUACCACGACUCAAGGCGGACGGGCACCGCGUGCUAAUUUUCAGUCAGUUUACCAUGAUGCUGGAUAUACUGGAGCCAUAUCUCAGGAUUAGGGGGUAUCGAUAUCUCAGACUUGAUGGUAGCACCGCAGUCACUGAUAGGCAAGAUUUAAUAAAUCUGUACAAUUCCGAGGAUAUAUUUGUGUUCCUAUUGUCGACCAAAGCAGGCGGGCUGGGCAUCAAUCUGACCGCUGCAGAUACUGUCAUCAUACAUGACAUAGACUUCAACCCUUACAACGACAAACAGGCUGAGGACAGAUGUCACAGGAUGGGUCAGACACGUCCGGUGACGAUAUACCGUUUGCUCAGCUGCGGCACCAUCGAAGAGGGCAUCUACCAGGUUGCUCAGGAGAAACUUAACCUAGAAAAACAUGUUACAAGUGCGGAUGAAAACGAAGGCCAAGAGCAAAAGAACGUGGUGCGACUGUUGUCAGCAGCAUUGGGUCUCACGUCGCCAAACAAAUGA